AUGGCGGACCAUCGCCCUGACGGCGACAGUGUUGCUCGUGCGAAAAAGAGACAGAAAACCCAGACCGCAGACAUGGAUCCUCGACAGAAUAAGUACCUUGCGCAUUGGUAUGAAGACGAAACGCCAGCAAAUGGCAAUGCUACUGAGGGUUCGAUCCUUGACCGAUUUAAGCGCCACGAAACAACAGCUGCUAUGGCUAAAGAGGCGGAGGAUUCUUUACUGAAUCCUUUCAAUGGGAUGAAUUCUUACACCUCUACCCAGAAAUCCCAAAUCCUCGUCUUCGUCGGCGAGACCGGUUCAGGCAAGACCACCCAGAUCCCUCAGUUCGUGCUCUUCGACGAUCUUCCGCAAAAGCGAGGCAAGCUUGUAGCGUGUACCCAACCCCGGCGAGUUGCCGCCAUGUCAGUUGCGGAGCGAGUUGCAGCAGAGAUGGAUGUUAAGCUUGGCGAGGAAGUCGGUUACAGUAUUCGCUUUGAGGAUAUGACGAGUCAGAAAACCAUCCUGAAGUAUAUGACGGACGGUAUGUUAUUGAGGGAAGCGAUGCAUGACCACGAUCUUACACGCUACAGCACCAUCAUUUUGGACGAAGCCCACGAGAGAACGAUGGCUACCGAUGUGCUCAUGGGUCUCCUUAAAGAAGUCGGUCAGCGCCGCCCAGAUCUCAAAUUAAUUAUCAUGUCUGCCACGUUGGACGCCCAGAAAUUCCAACGGUACUUUGGUGAUGCGCCACUCCUCGCGGUCCGUGGACGAACCCACCCUGUCGAAAUCUUUUACACCCCAGAGCCGGAACAAGAUUACGUAGAGGCUGCGAUUCGUACCGUUUUGCAAAUUCACGCCAAUGAACCGGAAGGUGAUAUACUCCUAUUCCUGACCGGGGAGGAGGAGAUCGAAGACUCUGUGCGCAAAAUAUCUCUUGAGGUAGAUGAGAUGAUUCGAGAAGCCGAUGCAGGGCCCAUGAAGGUAUACCCUCUCUAUGGGAGCCUACCUCCAGCGCAACAGCAGCGCAUUUUUGACCCUCCCCCGCCACCUCGUAAGGAAGGAGGACGACCCGGACGGAAGUGUAUCGUGUCGACUAACAUCGCAGAAACAUCUCUUACCAUCGAUGGUAUUGUGUAUGUGGUCGACCCAGGAUUUUCAAAGCAGAAAGUUUAUAACCCACGCAUUCGAGUCGAGUCCUUGCUGGUGUCACCAAUUUCUAAAGCAUCUGCGCAGCAGCGGGCUGGCCGUGCUGGUCGUACACGUCCCGGAAAAUGUUUCAGAUUGUAUACCGAGAGCGCGUUCAAAAAGGAACUUAUCGAGCAGACGUAUCCAGAAAUUCUCCGUUCCAACUUGUCCUCGACUGUGUUGGACCUGAAGAAGCUUGGAAUUGACGACCUGGUUCACUUCGACCUUAUGGAUCCUCCUGCCCCCGAAACUCUCAUGCGAGCGCUAGAGGAAUUAAACUAUCUAGCUUGUUUGAAUGACGAAGGAGAUCUUACGCCCCUAGGUCGCCUUGCAUCCGAAUUCCCAUUGGACCCAGCUCUGGCAGUGAUGUUGAUCAGCUCUCCAGAAUUCUACUGUUCCAAUGAGAUCCUCUCUAUUACGUCUCUCCUGUCCGUUCCCCAAAUAUUCAUCCGUCCUGCCUCCCAGCGGAAACGCGCAGAUGAAAUGAAAAACCUCUUUGCCCACCCUGAUGGUGACCACCUUACACUCUUGAACGCUUACCACGCUUUCAAGGGUCCUGACGCCCAAGAGAACCCGCGACAAUGGUGCCAUGAUCACUUCCUUUCCCUCCGUGCUCUUCAAUCUGCCGACAAUGUUCGACAGCAGCUACAACGUAUCAUGGAGCGGGAAGAAAUCGAACUUGUUUCUACCCCAUUCGAAGACAAGAAAUAUUACGAAAACAUCCGCCGUGCUCUUGUGGCUGGUUUCUUCAUGCAGGUUGCCAAGAAGGAGAGUCAGGGAAGAAUCUUUACAGGACUGUCAAAGAUAACAAAUGAGCCCGUAUUGCUGCACCCUAGUAGUGUCCUGGGGCAUGAAGCGGAAUGGGUAUUGUAUAAUGAAUUUGUUCUCACGACAAAGAACUAUGUAAGAACAGUGACUGCUGUGAAGGGGGAAUGGCUUUUGGAAAUUGCCCCAGUUUACUACGAUAUAUCCAGUUUCCCCAAAGGCGAGAUUCGCUCCGCUUUAAUUCGGGCUGCCGAAAGACUUUCCCGAAAGGAGAAGAUGCGCGCGGAUAAAGGAAAACGACAUUAA